UUCAAAUGCGAGCGCGGUAAAGUAUUGCUGUCUCACACAGCUCUACCAGCUAGUCAGUAGAAACGAAUUCGACUACAGGGACUCUUUUUUUAUUGCUUCCAAGCGUUCAACUGUUGUUGUGCUAUUAAUUAAUUUUGUUAACACAAAAAUCGACUACAACAACUACAGUAACCUAGUCAAUAUUGAUAAGCAUAUGAUAAUGUAAUGUAAUCAAGUGCAAUUGAAACGUUGACGGAAGCACAAAGAAAAGCGAAUAAUUACGAGAAUUUUUGUGUGAACUAACGACAAAAAAAAAAACGAAAAAAGAAGUAAAAAAAAGUACUAAAAGGAGGAAGCUGUGUAAUAAAGGGCGCGCGAAGCUGUCACAGCGAGUGUGAAUUUCAUUUUAGUGCGAGCAAUUUGUGUACAAUACAGUAUUUUUUGUUUGUUUUUGGAAAAUGUACAAGUAUUUUAAUGUUUGUACUGGUAUUUAGCGCAUCACAUGUGUCCACACACACAAGCACAAAAAUACAUGCAGCUAAAUAUUCGCGCUCUUGUACGUAAUGAAAUAUAAUGCAAUGCAAUUUACGUCUGGCAGACUUUCCCAAAACUAUUUAUAACUGAAACGACUUGUUUAUAUAUUUUGUGAAUCAUAAAAACGCAAUUUAUGCGAGGAUUUUCAACAUUUUGGAAGCGCAUAAGCGGGAAAAUUAAAAAAAAAAAAUUUAUAAUAAAACAGAGCAGUGAAACUUAAUGUGCGAGUGUGGUGUACGUAUAAAAAAGGAGAAAAUUGAGUAAAAAAAUUUCAACAAAAGUAAUAGAGGAUCAAAAUCCAAUACAGAUCGAACCAACAUUAAAAACAAUCUUAAAAAUUUCUACAAAGCAAUUCAAAAAAUCUCAAAUUUACAAAUUUAAAAAAUUUUAAAUAAAUCAAAUAAUCUCCCCAUAAAUAAAACUCGAAUAAACGUGCUGAAAAAAUGAAAGGCGGCACAUUACUCCUACUAACCCUCUUUUUCGCUACGUUUUGCCUGCAGUUUAACAAGGCACUGUCCGACGAGACCAAGGCCGUUAUCGCCGGCGACAUCGUCACCGACGACGACGAAUACUAUUACGAAGAUGAUGACGAUGGGGACGCAAGUGCCCAUGACUAUGUUGAUGAUGAGGAAGAUGAUGCUGAUGACUAUGAUGAUGAAGCUUUAGAGACGGCAGUAGAAGAAAAACCCGCAGAGCUCAGGGUGGAGCCACCUUACUUCGAAGAAACAGAGUUGCAAAUUUACACACAACCCGAGCAAAAUGUAAUGAUCGAUUGUGUGGCGAAAAAUGUGCACUCAAAUAAUGUCAUUAUGUGGUACAAGGGCAAGGUCGUAAUUGCGACUGGCCAAUUUACUAUGUACCCCAAUGUGGAUGUGCUCAAGAAUAACUCGUUAGUCAUAAAGAAUGUAACCGUUAAAGAUGCGGGCGAUUAUUAUUGUGAAGUGCUGCCUGAGAAGGUGCGCAUGCAUGCCCUCUUGGAGGUAGAUGAAAGUCUUAUGAUCUUUUGCGAUGGAAAAGAAGUGACCAACGAUACGCUGGUCCUUGUACAGGGUGAACCACAUAGAUGUGAAUGUAAAUAUUAUUCAUUGGAAAAUGUGCAGAUCAAAUGGUUCAUAGAUGGCAAACGUGCCGAGUCUGUUGUCGAGCGCGUCCUGGGUGAACAAUUGUACCUGGACAAUGUAGACACCAAACACGGCGGCAUCUAUCAGUGUUUAGCCGAUGAUCUCUCACAGGAACCGCCACAUGCCAUGAUUGUCGUGGAAGUUGUCUACGCGCCCAAAGUGUCCACUUAUCGGCAUUAUGUGAAUACGGCACAGGGUAGCAAUGCAGAGUUGUAUUGCGAUUACACAGCGAAUCCGAGUGGUCAAGCGCAAUGGUUACGGAACCGUAAAAGCUUGAAUGCGUCACAGAAAUACACACUCGACGAGGUGGCGCAUAAGGGACGCACGCGUUCGAUACUAACGGUUAUGGAUGUGCGCUCUAAGGAUCUCGGCGAGUAUACGUGUCGUGUGCAGAACACUAUCGGCAGCGACGAGGUGAAUGUACGUAUUAUAUAUGAGCCAGAGCAUCCACAGUUGGAAGACUUUGAGGUUAGUGGCAGCAAAGCGGUUAUACAUUGGUUAGUGCGCAGCAUUCAACCGUUAUCGGAAGCGGUGCUGGAUUACAAAUUGGCGGGGUCCUACACUUGGAGCAAAGUUUCGGUGGUGCACACACAUCGUCAUGCGGACACUCACAUAUGGAAGGUGACUCACGAGAUGGAACUCACGCCGGGAAGUUGGCAUGUGCGUAUGAGAGCGAAAAACACCGUUGGUUGGUCGGCAUUUUCCGCGCAGCAUGAUUUCGUUAUUAAAGAUAAUGAAAGUGAUAAUGGCGAUGAUGAUGAUGAUGAUGAUGAUGAUGAUGAUGAUGUGGAUGUGGAUGAAGAAGAUGACUUGGAUACAGCCGGCGCACCUAAGAAUAUCGCCGUGGCGAGUUUUGGCGGCAGCACGAAAGGUGCGAAUAGCGGUACGACAUUGCGUUUAACACACACAACGCUACACGCUGUCUUUGCUAUUAGUUGUAUGCUUUUGUUGUUGCCAAGAAACUGGAUUUCAUUAUUAUGAGAGAAGCAAACAAAAAAGUUGCCAAAGAUUUAAAAUGUAGUACUUAGUGACAUAUGAGUAUAUUGUGCUAUUUUCAUGUUUGUGUGUGUAUAUUUAUAUGUAUAUGUAUGUGUAAACAUACUA